AUGGUGCCUCCAGAACUUGGUGAAAUUAUAUUGAGUAUCGACCAGCUCUGCCCCACAAGGUCUACAAGCACUCAGAGAAAAGCAUUGUCCAUGUUACCAGGCCUUUGGCCUGAAUUAUCAAAAGUUGAAGAUGUCACUGAAAGUUCUGGGAGCUUAGUGACCAAAAACCAAGUGCUCAUGGAGGAGCUUCCACAGAUCAAAGAAUUGGAAUCUCAGAAGUGCAAGAGUGACAGUGUUGAAGGAGGGAUACUCAAGAAGGAUGACCCAAUUCACUUCUCCAUUUCCCAGCUCACUCAGAUUGGUAUUCUCCUAAUUUUGCUUCUCAAUCCUCACAUGGGUGCUGUUGAAUGCAAAAAGGCAUGCAAGACAAGUGCACAGAAAAUGCGGAGGUGGCAGCAGAAGAAGCCAACCUUUAUCUGCUGCCUCUCUUGCUGUAUCUGCUGUCUCUGCUGCUUCUGCUCUGCUGUCUCUGAUAUUUCUGCUGCUGUCUCUGCUGUUUCUGUUCCUUCUCCUGCUGUUUCUGUUCCUGCUCCUCCUGUUUCUGUUAUUUCUGCUGUUAUUUCCACUACUGAUUCUGGUCCACAUAAUGCCCUAAGUUCUGACACCACCACUAACUUAAAUAUGCCCACUCCCACCUCUAUUGCUAUCACAACCCAGAGACCUUCAACGCCUGCUAAUGAGCCUGAUGUCACCAUGGAAAGCCCUCCUUGUCCUGAGGGUUCUUCUAGAGCUACAGGUGCCAUUUUGUGGAAUCAGGCUAUGGGUCAAUAUUAUAACCCUGUUGACAAUGACGAACUACAUAUUUCUUCUAAUGUAGAAAAGGUCAAGGGAAAUCAUAUUCUUGUUUAUGAUGCUUUGGAUGGGCUUUGGGUUGCCAAAGGUCUCUAUGAUAGUGCAGUCGAGAUAAAUGACAGUAUUUUAUUCGACAAUUCUGAUGGGAAAGCAACUCUUCACAUUCUUGUUGUUCCAAUGAACCUUACAUGUACAACAGCUGCUAAGUCCCUCCCAGAGCAAUUUUCUUGCUAUCUUGCAGUCACCAAAGCUCUUAACGACAUGUGCCAGGUCAAGCAGUGGCCUGAAAAAACACCUACUGAGAAGGAGGUUACUGAGCUGUUUAUUGGAAAAAGCCAGUGGAGCAAUGUUUGGCAUCCAAUGUUCAGUAGAGUUUUACAGCACUUUCCAGAAAUGGUCAAGUGGCUACAACAUGAUGCUGACAGCAAGGAUGCAGAGGACCUUUGGGGAAUAGAUGUAAAGUACACUCUGAAGAUGUUGAAAGAAUGGAUGGAUCAGGGAGGAAAGCCUUCAAAAGGAAAGGCUAAGAUUGUUGAAGAAGCUGUUGCUGCAAGCUUAUUGAAGGGACUUGGAAAGGAGAAGGAGAAGGAGAAGGAGAAGGAGAAGGAGAAGGAGAAGGAGAAGGAGAAGGAGAAGGAGAAGGAGAAGGAGAAGGAGAAGGAGAAGGAGAAGGAGAAGGAGAAGGAGAAGGAGAAGGAGAAGGAGAAGGAGAAGGAGAAGGAGAAGGAGAAAAAGAACAAGAAGAACAGGAAGAACAGGAAGUCAGAGAAAUCAGAUGAAUACUUAGUGAAGCCUCAUUCUGGCUGCUGUUAUGUCUUGCACUCCAACUUUUCAUAUCAGUUACUGGACCAACAGCAGCAGGAUUCAUAA